AUGAGCAGUGAAUUAGCCGUUUUGCCCUCCAGCCCUGUUCUCUUCUCUUCGUUGGAGUCGCUGAAAGAAGGAAAACCUCUUCCCCUUCAUCGCAGCCCUCUCUCUCUCUCUUCCUUUCUCUCCUCCGCUGCGAACGUUUCCUUCGCCCAGAAAACCCAAUUCCAUCAUCUUUUUCUCACUGUGAGAACUGAAGCUGUGUUGGGGCUUCAAUUGGUGGCUAUGGGUGUGGCCGUGAAGAACCCAUCUGCAACGGCGUCGUUUGGGGUCCCAAAGACAUCCCCAUGGCGCGGCUCAGUUGGUGGAGGUACUGGGUUGAUGAUUGAGUGUUCGUCGAGGCCACAGAAGAAGGCCACUGCGCAUCACAGGAAGACUCGGCCUCGCAAAACGCAGCCAUGGGACGUGAAACGCAAGCCCACUGUGUACACUCCUCUGCCUCCUCUCCCUGCCGACUGGACAUUGGUCUCUUCUGCAGAUGAAGCUUCAUCUUCUUCCCCAAAAGAGCCACCCACUACUGAAUGUGAAGGAGGCUGCGUCAGAGGCAUCCCCUCGAAAUGCCCGGUUGAAUUGGAGACAUAUAUUAUAGGAAUAGAAGAUGAAUCUGUCUUUUCAACAAACAGCAAGAGUUACAUAUUCUGCGAGUACUUUACUCCACCAGUUUUAGAAUGA